AAGCUUCCUUUCUCUCCCCGGCGAGCGUCGGAAUUGGGAUAUGGCUCCCAAGAGCUCCCGUCGAACGGGUUCGCAUAAGGCGCAUUCCUUGGCCCGCCAGUGGAAAACGAAGAGACGGCGACGAGAUCUGGAUCAGAUCCACCACGACAUGUUGCCCGAGAACGCGACGAAGCUGCUGCGCCAAGAGCUGGAUCCCGACCUGCCUGGCAAUGCCCAGCAUUACUGCCUGCAUUGCGCGCGAUAUUUCAUUGACUUAAAAGGUAUGAAGGAUCAUUUCAGAUCAAAAGUUCACAAAAAGAGACUGAAACAGUUGAGUGAGGAGCCCUACACCCAGGAGGAAGCUGAGAGGGCUGCAGGAAUGGGGUCCUACAUUGCUCCCAAGAAAAUUGAAGUCCACACACAACCUCUGGAUGAGAUGGAUGAAUCCAGCUAAGACACAAGGAUGUUUUGUCCCCAUCUGAAAAAUCUGGAGAUAGUAAAAGCAUCGGUAUAAUUAGGUGGUUUGGAGUAUGCUAUCUUUAAAAUUGUACUAUUAUUUAUUGCAUUAGUUUUGCAGUAUUAAUACUGAAAUGUAUAUACAGAUGAGAAAGAUCAACCCUCUUGGAUGGAAAAAAGACAUUUUACCCCUGUUCGGUAUGGAUUAGAAUUCAGCAGCGGGUCAGAGGCAGGAGCCAUGCUGCUCAAAUGAACUUGCUUUUGAUUCUCUUACAGUGGUUUUAAAUGUGACUGUGGACUUGAGCUUUUUGUUCUUAAUGUUCCACUCUUCCAUUGAGCCCACUUAAUAAAUGAGCUGACAAUCUGUUGGCUAAUCCUUGC